AAGGGCGAAGACGUGAAGAAAAGCCAACCUUGCUGCCAAACAGAGCACCUCCGAAGCGCACCUUCACCCGGUUCGAGAAACGCAAGUCACAAUGCGCAGACCAGGACUGUCGUGGACCACAGCACUAUCGCUGCUACUGUCGAUCCUAGGUGCGUCGCUGGCUUUUCCGGGGGGUGCGCCCGAAGGCGUGUGCCACAGCAUGUUGCCACAACACGGCGGAUUUCAGAAGUUCAACGGCAGCGGCUCGCCUUAUCGGCUGGUGCAAGAAAAGGCGUUUUUCCACCCUAACGAAUCCAUGACCGUGACGCUAUACACGAAGAGCUCCCACUUCAAGGGCUUUCUGGUGAAAGCGAUCGACGAGCAGAGCAACGACGUCGGCCACUUCCAGCGUGGCGCGGACUACAAGAACUUUCGCGGUUGCUCUGGCGCCACGCACAAGAGCCGAAACAACAAGAAGACGGUGAAGUUGAUCUGGCAAGCACCCCCCCCACCUGUCGGGACCAGUGACAUUCAAAGCGACCGUCCUUCAAGAGUACAGGCGUGUAUACGUGGAUCUGAAGAGCACGGUGAAACUGAGCAGCCUUCUGCCGCCGAGACGGUGAACACCAACUUCACCAAGAUGGUGAAUGUGUAUUUUUCAGAGUACAUAAAUAAAUUGUUUUUAUAG